AUGGCAGCUGCAAGUUCAACGCAGCCAUCUUUAUAUCAGCAUUAUUUCACUGGACAUCUUUCGAGUAAUUCAUCGAUUACUGUAAACAACGUUACAAGCUUGAGUUCAGAAGCAAAAAGUGCUGCUUGUAGUAGUCCGGUCACUAGACAGAAGCUUAAUGAAGAUUCCGGAAUGAAUGUAAGAAAUGGAAGGACCGAAGACGGUUCAUGGACAAACAAUUUGGCUGCGACAAGUUUCAUGCCAUCGUCAACUGAUGGUCAAAAUAGUUGUUGUUCAGUUGGCAAUUACGGUGGAUGGAGUAGUGAUUACAUAUCCAAUUCUGACCGUUACACUUCGCAAAAAACAAUUCCUACAACAUCGAAAAGGCGAAAGUCGGAAAUGACGACUGCAACAGCUGUCGGAAAUCCAGAACCAAAUCCCGUGAUUCCACGGUUUACUGAUUCACAGGGUUCUUCCAGUUCACAAGCUUUACAUCAGUCGGAAUGUGAGUCUCAUCCUCGACCUACAAGUAGUCGAAAGAGACAUUCAGAUACUUACCAGUUCAAACCUCCCUUCAGUAGUCCUUAUUUGAGAACGCCUGAACGAUCAUGGAAAAAUUUGCUUCCAUGUUCAUAUUCAAUGCCAAUGCCGACUGGUGAAACGUUGUCUGCCGCUCAGUUUGGACCGCUGAAUUGUCGUGUUGAUAAUUCAUUGUUAGUUUUGACGAAAAAAUUCAUGCAAUUGCAACCUCAAGCAAAUGAAGAUGGAUUACUGAAUCUGAAUGAAGCAGCUAUGCGGUUAGGCGUGCAGAAGCGACGUCUUUAUGAUAUAACGAAUGUGUUGGAAGGAAUUGAUAUGAUUGAGAAAAUGGGGAAGAACAGUAUACGAUGGAAGAGCAAUGAUGAAAUUGGUUCACGUGGAAUUGAAGCACAAAGGCUUAAGGAGGAGAUUAAAAGUUUAGAUAAAUAUGAACAAUCAUUGGAUGAAUUGAUUACAAGUAUUGAGAAUGCGCUGAAAUUAGCUAAAGAAGAUCCAACCGAUCGUGUGUACAGUUAUGUGAAAUACGCCGAUCUUCGCAUGUUGCCGGGAAUGUCUGAUCAGACACUGAUAGCAAUCAAAGCUCCUAAGGACUCAUACUCGUCCAUCGAUGUAACAGAUCCAGUGGAAACAGGAAAAUUCGAAAUAAUGAUCAGGAAUUCGCAAAAGGAAGCGCUAGAGGCCUAUCUUUGCCCACAUCUUUCACCAAAAAACGAACAGUUUCAUAUGCAGAAAGAAGAACCACAUGACGCUUUGGCACAAGAAGAGCGGCCAAAUUGGUCUGAACAGUCGACAAACAAUGUAUUUCAAGAAAUCAGUGGAGAUGCAGAGCAAGUUCCAAUUCCAGGACCAAGUAACGACAAUAACGCCAGUAUUUUACCCGUUAAUACAUUGAGUAAUUUCUACGCUCCACGAAAUUUACAUACCUCUCCGCUGAAAAUGGUUGUUGAAGGCCCUUCACAGCAAGGAGUUUCAAGUUCAAAUACCGAGGAAACAGCAGCAAAUUCAUAUGGUUUGCUAAGUUUGGAUCCGGUGGAUGAAAGUGAACCGUAUAUGUAUAGUAUUGGUGAACAGGAAUCAAUUCAAACUUUAUACGAUUGGCCGUAA